AUGACUUCAACGUUCAACUCCACACAUUUUGAGACCCUCCAACUUCACGCCGGACAAGAGCCGGACCCAACCACCCUCUCCAGAGCAGUACCAAUCUAUGCAACCACCAGCUAUGUUUUUCGCGACUCGGACCAUGCGGCGGAUCUAUUUGCGUUACGGACGCCGGGGAAUAUCUACUCGCGCAUCAUGAAUCCCACGGUAGACGUGUUUGAGAAGCGCAUUGCGGCACUUGAAGGAGGUGUCGCGGCCGUUGCAGCAUCUUCCGGCCAAGCCGCCCAAUUCAUGUCCAUCUCAACCAUAGCGAGCGCCGGCGACAACAUCGUUUCUACAACAAACCUCUACGGCGGAACCGUCAACCAAUUCAACGUGCUUCUCCCACGCCUUGGAAUCGCCGUCAAAUGGUCCCACCCCGAUCGCUCUUCUUUCGACAAGUCUUACGACGAAAUCGAGGAGAUCAGAGGUUUGAUCGACGAGAAGACGAAAGCAGUCUACGUAGAAAGUAUCGGAAACCCCCGCUAUAACAUCGCAGACCUUCGGAAGCUGGCAGACGUAGCACACGAAGCGGGCAUCCCCCUCAUAGUCGACAACACCUUCGGCGCAGGCGGCUACCUCGUCCGUCCCAUCGACCACGGCGCCGACAUCGUCGUUCAUUCCGCCACGAAAUGGAUUGGAGGUCACGGUACGACAAUCGCGGGUGUCAUCGUCGACUCAGGAAAGUUUGACUGGAAGAAACAGGGGAAGAAGUUCCCGCAGUUGACGGAGCCGAGUCCUGGGUAUCAUGGGGCUGUGUUUGCAGAUGUUGCGGGUCCAGCUGCGUUCGCUACGGCAGUGCGCUGUGAAGUAUUGAGGGAUCUUGGACCGGCGUUGAAUCCAUUCGGAGCAUUUUUGCUGCUACAAGGAUUGGAGACCCUAUCCCUCCGAGUUGAACGACAAAACGCCAACGCCCUCGCGUUAGCACAACACCUCUCAACUCACCCCUCCGUGUCCUGGGUAAGCUACCCAGGCCUCCCUUCCCACCCCUCCCAUGACCUAGCAAAAACCUACCUUCGCGAAAACCACUUCGGCUCCGUCCUCUCCUUCGGCGUCAAAGGUGCGAUCGACGCAGGAAAGAAGGCCGUGGAUAACCUCAAGCUCGCAAGUCACCUCGCGAAUGUGGGUGAUGCUAAAACGCUCGUUAUCGCACCUGCCUUCACAACGCAUCAGCAGUUGAGCGAUGAGGAGCAGAGGAGUGCUGGUGUGAGUAAGGAUUUGAUUAGGGUUAGCGUGGGAUAUGAGCAUAUCAAUGACAUUAUUGCCGAUUUUGAGCAAGCGUUCGCGGCAGCUGAGGCGGUCAACGGAGGGAAAGAUGACGCGAAAGCGCACGAAGGGGUGGACACGAAGACUGGACAGGCGACUGAGCAGCACGGCAAUCUACAAGAGGCGGUCGGCGUAUAA